AGCUCGGCCGUGUCCAGCUGAUCGUUCGGUUGGGUCUCCGUCAUUUUGUUGUUGUUUUUGAUGAGAACACCUGGAGCCAACGACAGGACGCGCCGCGGACUUUCGGCGGGGUUCUGUUGCGCGUGCAGCUCACACCUGAGAUACGUCACGGGAGCCGUUACCUGUCCGUUUGGGCUGUGACAUCAUCAUGGCCUGCUGUGAUGCUAAGCUAACGAGCUAGCUGUCAGCGUUAGCAUGACGUGCUACAUUCAGGGACCAUGGAGGGAGGCGGAAAACACAGCUCCAGGAGGCUAAGCUCCAGGAGGCUAAGCUAAGCUAACAGCUGAGGAGGAGUGCGUGUGUGUAUGUGUGGGCUGUUUAAGUUAGCAUUUUAGCAUGUAGGCAGACAGACCGUAACCGAGUAGCUGUGUGUAGUUGUGACUCCACUGUGAGUGUGAGCUACACGAACACGCAAAAACACACUCGCACACACUCUUCGUUGUGUUAUGUUCGGGUAGCUGGUGUUUCCUGUCAGAGGUCAGAGUUCAUUUCUCAGAGGGUGUGUGGGCUCCAGGUGUGAGUGAGGUGGGGCUGCUCGAUCAUAUCAAAAUUCAUUUCACGAUUAUUUUGAUUGAUAAUGAUCAUUAAACACUCGCUGAUGUUCAAGAUCAGCAUCUCAGUUCAUAUCGAUCUCACAUACAUUUAAGAAAACAAGCACUACAUGAAAAACACAAAGUGAAAAAUAUACACAUUUAUAAAUUAUAAUAUACAAUAAUAACUAAAUAAACACUAGUAAUUUAACAUUUUUUUGUUAAUGGUGUAAUGUCCAUCUCUCUAGUUUUCGUGACAGAGAGAAACUAAAAUUCCUAUUUAAACUUAAUUACUUGCUCAACCCCAGUCUCAGGUGUGUGUGAGGUGUCCUGUGAUUGAAUUAGGAUGUGGCUCCGCCUCCUCUUCCUCCUCCUUUACCUGGUGCUGCUGUUCGUGUUGGCAAGGAUCUUUGAGGCGGUGGUUUGGUACGAGACGGGCUCCUUCUCCACUCAGCUUGUUGACCCUGUCACGCUGAGCUACACCAAACUUAAGACCAUUCUGGAGACACGAGGACUCGGAGACUCCGGCCUCAAAGAGAAGACCGAUGCCAGCCGCCUCGUCCAGCAGUCAGGUGAGCUGACUCAUGGCGAGUUGUACUCAGCAAUGAAGAAGGAGACAGAGCAGACAGAGGGUGGAGACUCGAGCAGCACCAACUUUAGCGGAGAGAUGCACUUCUAUGAGUUAGUGGAGGACACUAAGGACGGGAUCUGGCUCGUUCAGGUCAUUGCCCGUGAUCGUGAUGCUCUGCUUAGUCGUUCUAACUGGGUGAAGAUGGUUCAGAAAGUUUCCCAAUUUGGGAUCAGAACUGGAACCUUUAACUGCUCCAACGACUACAGGUCAUGUGUCAGGCGUGGCUGGCAACGCUCCACUCUCAUCAUGGCGGUUCCUCAGACAUCAGCUUCAAAAGGAAAGGUCAUGCUCAGAGAAUACGAUGGUCGGCGCAUUGAGACCGAACACAUCUUCCGCUGGAUGACAUCGCAUAUUUCUCAGCGGAUCAAAACUUUACGUCGGUCCGAGCAGCUGAAGGAAGAGUGGCGCUUCGACCCCGCCCACCCUGUGAAGAUGUUUCUGUUUGCUCGUCUGUCACAGCCCCCCGCCUUCUUCUCCUCGCUGUCAGUCAAGUUCACUGGCAGGAUCGACUUCAUCUUUGUCGACAUCCGUCAUUGGGACAACCAUAGCAGCCUAUCAGAGAUUGGCGUGACACAGAGCCCCGCCUACAUUCUCAAGAUGCCUGAAGGCAUUUACCGCUAUGGUAACAGCACAGGGGAGUUCCUUUCCUUGGUUGCUAUGGAUACGUUCCUGCGGUCUGUGCAGCCUGAGGUCAACGAUCUUUUUGUUCUCAGUUUGGUUCUGAUCAACCUGCUGGCCUGGAUGGACCUGUUCAUUACACAGGGAGCAACAGUGAAACGUUUUGUGGUCUUGAUUCGGACUUUGGGAACAUACAACUCCAUCCUGCUUGUUUCCUGGCUUCCUGUUCUGGCUCUCCUGCAGCUGCCAUACCUGGACGCUCUUUACGGCUACAGUCUGAAGCUGCUUCGGUAUGCUGACACCACCUCACUGGCCAGUUUGGUGCGAGCUGACUGGACAUUUUAUUCGUCACACCCAGCCCUCUUCCUGUCCACAUACCUUGCUCACGGCCUGCUGGUUGAUUACUUUGAGAAGAAACGGCGUUGUGGCAUCAGAAACCAAGAGGACAGCAGCACCAACCUGGAGUGGCUUGCCAGUCUAUGGGACUGGUACACCUCCUACCUCCUCCAUCCAAUUGCAUCGCUGCAGCAAGUUCCUUCGGACCAAUCAGAAUGGGAUGACGACCCAAACUUCUUACUGGAGCGCCUAGCCUUCCCUGAUCUCUGGCUUCGCCCACUAGUAAACAUGGACUACAUUAAAGCCCUGCCCACCUGGAGGUUCAGAGGAGAGGAGAGCAGAGCAAAGGCGGCAGAGCCCGAGGACGGGUCAGGGACAGCAGAGACGGGGGAAGGGGUGGAUACAGCAGAGGGGACAGAGACAGGGGAAAGCGAUGAAGAGACGGAUAAAGAAAACGACAGCUUGCAGACAGAUGAGUCACAUGACCAACACCCAUCCUCAGCCGGUGACAGCAGACAGCGCCCCCACCCUGCAGCAGCCUGCUGUCGUCAUGGUAACACAGACUUACUAGCUGACAGGCCCUGUGAUUGGUCAGUGUGGCCAUGUGGCGUGCUGAGGUGCUCAGAGUGCGUUGUCUGUCUGGAAAACUUUUCGAGUGAUGAGCUGCUGAUGGCACUGCCCUGUGGCCACGCCUUCCACCAGCAAUGCAUCAUGGUCUGGUUAGCAUCAGGGCGGCACUGCUGCCCCGUAUGCCGCUGGCCGAGCUACAAGAAGAGACUGCAGGGUGUGGCCGCAAGCAGCUUGACUGAACACUCAGAGAACUGAAUCUCAACUGCUAGCAUCACAGCUAGCCUAGCAUAAAGCUGCUAAGCUAAACAGACUGAAGGACUGAUGUUGGCAACACAGCUAGCCCAGUAUUGGGCAGCUGAGCUGAACAAACUGAAGGACCAAUAUCUGUGUCAUAGCUAGCUUAGCAUUGAGCUGCUAAGCCAAACAAACUGAAGGACAGAUGUUAGUAUCACAGCUAGCUUAGCAUGGAGCUGCUCAGUGGAAAGUGAAGGACUGAUGUUAGCAACACAGCUUGCUUAGCAUGGAGCUGCUCAUUUGAAACUGAAAGACUGAUGUUAGCAUGUCUUCUCUGUGUUCUCGUUGAGCGCUAUGCUAACAAAACAAUAACUGAUGGGCACAAAGCCACCACUGGUAGUAUCAAAGCAAGCUCAGCGUUUGUCUUCUUUGAAGGUGUGGUGAGGGUGUCAAGGUGUGUGGGGGGUGGGGGGUUGUGGUCUUUCUGUGACGAUGUCAGAGCUAAUGAUGUUUUACUUCCUGUUCCAGAUGGUGUUUGAUCCUGAAAAAUCUAAAUAAUAAACUAAAUUUUAAUUUAGUCCUCCUGAGAUCAA